CACUGCUUAGUGCUCUCAAAUUUUAUCUUUUUUUUUUUUGCUCAUACCGGUUUGCUUUUGCUUCGUGUUUGCUUACUUGACCGGACCAGUUUGUAUACCCGACCCAACCGUCCGAUCCAAUCCAAAAACCAUUCAUUUCGGCCUCCCCAUUUCAUCCUACACACACAAACAUGGCGGAGCAACUCGAACUGAACCCUAACUCGGUGACCGAACUCAGUGAAGACGACGACACUCCAGUUCUAAGCUCCCAUGCUCUCUCCGCUCUCAAAGAGUUUCUCUCCGAGCAGCAGAGUCACUCCGAUGCCGCCGGAGACGACUCUGAGGAGGUUUCUCUUGUAUCUGAAGAUUGGAGGCUAAGUCAGUUCUGGUACGAUUCAGAAACUGCUAAAACGGUUGCUGAAGAAGUUCUUACUCUUUGCAGCAAUGGCGUUGAUUCUCGUGUUGCCUGUAUUGCUUGUCCCACUCUUUAUGCUUAUCUCAAGAAAAUGGAUCCUAAUGUUUCUGCGCAACUUCUUGAGUAUGACAAACGUUUUGAGCAAUAUGGAAGUGAUUUCACAUUUUAUGACUACAAUCACCCCGAGGAGUUACCAUCAGAAUUGAAGAAUUCCUACAAAGUUAUAGUUGCCGAUCCUCCUUACUUGAGCAAAGAGUGUUUGGAGAAAGUUGCUGAAACAAUUUCUUUUCUCAGACAACCUGGAGAGUCAUUUUUGCUUCUACUCACAGGUGAAGUGCAGAAAGAAAGUGCAGCUGAGAUCUUGGGCUUGCAUCCUUGUGGUUUUAGACCUCAUCACUCCAGUAAACUUGGAAAUGAAUUUCGGCUGUUUUCUAACUACGACCCUGAAACAAGACUAGGAGGGUGGGAAAAAUAGGUGUUUUUCUUUUGCUUGCUUUGAUUUCUCUAAAUUGAUAUAUCUGUAAGAAGUUCAACUUAGGAUCCACCGAUUUGAGUUAUCUCAAUCUCAUCUCAAACAUAAUUAUAUGUUUAAUGAUCUGUGUUUUGUUGUCAACCACAAUGAUUUGUAUA